AUCAAACCUCAUGGGUUUUUUUCAUAUUUAGUUGACUAAAUAUUUAUUGUACUGAUGUGGUUUUUAAAAGGUGAUUAUAUGACGUCUUAUAGAAAUGUGUAUUAGUUUACAGCAAAAACAGUCAAGUUUGUAGAAACCGGUCUCGCGAUAAUCAAUGUGCUUCCACUUUGCCAAUUUACUGAAAUGAGGUCGCACAACAAAGUGUCUAAAUUUCGAAGGUAUCUUCCGCAAAUUAUCGCUGUGGGUGUCAAAAAUGGAUUGUUGCUUAUCUAUGGAUUAUCGUUAGGUAUGCCUACAAUAUUAAUACCGAACUUAAGUAGCGAUAAUCCCAAGGAAACCAUUUUGUUGGAUGAAGAAGGAAUUUCGUGGGUUGGUUCCAUAAAUUUUUUGAGUGUACCACUAGGAUGUCUAGUCUCCGGUAUAGCCACGAGGCCUUUUGGACGGAUUAGAACUCUGCAAGGAAUAUCACUGAUAUUCUUCGGUUCUUUUCUCCUAUUUUACUUUGCCUCUAAAACUAUACAUAUUUUACUUGGACUACUAUUGACCGGGUUUAGUGGAGGACUUCUUGAAGCUCCUACUUUAAUCUACACAGUCGAAAUCACCGAACCGAAUCUACGAGGGUCGAUGUGCUCUACAUCUACUUUAGCUAUUGUGAUUGGUCUACUAUUAUCAUUCGUUAUAGGAACAUUAUAUACAUGGAGGACAUUAGCUUUGGUCAAUGCCUGUAUACCAUUGGCUUUCCUGCUUCUCCUGUUUGCUCUUCCAGAGUCUCCAUACUGGUUAAUAUCAAAGAAUAAAUUGGAUAAAGCUCGAAAAAAUUUAGCAUGGUUAAGAGGUUGGACCAAAAUUGAAGCUAUAGAGCAGGAAUUUCAAAAAAUAUGCAAGGAAGUUGACCAACAUAAAGCAAAUGAAUUUAAAACUAUAAGUUUGCAAGCGGUUAAACCUUUUUUAAAAUCAACAUUUAUUAAGCCAUUUUUGUUAAUCGCUUUAACGUUUGUCUUAGCGCAUUUUGGUACCAGUCAGAAUGUAAUUUAUUCAGUAAAAAUAUUUGAAGUUCUAAAAGCGCCUAUAAAUUCGUAUUAUGCCACUAUUUGUGCAGGAGUCGCAGGGCUGAUAGGAUGUAUUUUGCUUAUGAUCUUAGUUAGGUUCCUCGGCAAGAGAAUUUUAAUGUUUAUAGCACAAGUGGGUAUAUUUCUAAAUUUUUUUUUACUGGCAACAUAUGUCUACUAUCUAGACGUUCAAAAUCUAGAUGAUUUGGAGGAUUUUGAUCCUAGUAUUGCUUCAAAAUUUAGUUGGGUACCAUUAGUUACAAUAUUAUCAGAAAUCUUCUUUGCUUAUCUUCUUACAUACACCCUACCAUGGAUAAUCAUGGGAGAAUUGUACCCAAAUGAAAUAAGAGAUAUUUCUUCAGGCCUUUCUGCUGGUAUAGGUUAUAUAAUAGGGUUUUUAGCUAAUAAAACUUUUCUUGAUUUAGUAAGUUUAAUUACUCUUGCAGGCACUUUUUGGAUUUAUAGUAUCGUAGGCUUCAUGGGGUUGGUAUUGAUGUACUACUUCUUGCCGGAAACCGAAGGGAAGCCCCUUAGUGAAGUUUUAGAGCAUUAUAGGGGUGGCGUUAAGCUGGAUAAUAAUGUAAGAAAAAGCAAUAAGUCGGAGGUUUGCAACGGAAUAGUAAAUAAAGGGUUUGAUAGUUAUGAUAUAUCUGACACAAAGUUUUGAUAAUUGUAACAUGAUAUUAUGUUUUAUUGUGAUACUGUUAUAAGUAAGUAUUUGUAAAAAAAAUAUAAUAAAUAUAAUUGUUUUAUAAAAUAGGAUUGAUAUACAAGUUAGGAUAGCAUAAGAUCACAAAUAUGCACUAAUAAGAUUUUGGAUACAUAAUGAAUUGUAAUAUAUCCAAGACCUUUUUUGAGUUUUUGAAACUUAAAAUUAUAAAAUUUGUUUUUGAUAUUCCCUUCUGUAAUUAAAACACAAUUUUAACAGAACUCAUAAAAUAUUUGACUUAUUA